GCUUCAGCCGUCCCGGGAGCGCUGCGGGCUCGCGCGGCGUACCUGGCUCUUCCUUCGGGCCCCCAGGCCGCACGGGCUGAAAGGUUAAAAAUCUGUAAGAGGCUGAUUUUAGAAUUCACCAGCUCCUCAGAAGUUUGGCGAAAUAUGAGUUAUUAAGCCUACGAUCAGAUCAAGUUAGCAGCUAGACUCGUGUGACAACCUGUUUUUAAUCAGUGACUCAAAGCUGUGAUCACCCUGAUGUCACCGAAUGGCCACAGCUAGUAAAAGAUCACCAGGAGAACCCCAGUCGGACGACAUUGAAGCUAGCCGAAUGUAUAUUACUAUAAAUGGAGCAAGGGUAAAUGUAUCAAGUGAUAUAUGGCUCAUUAAAGCAAGAUUGUUUAAAUAAAUCCUCAGUUUACUCUAAAUGUUGGAAUGCCCCAGACCAGUCCUAAGGCCAUCUUUAUCCUUUCUGUCCAGGAAGCGGGCAGCUGCAAAGCAUCUAAUAGAACGCUACUACCACCAGCUAACUGAGGGCUGUGGGAAUGAGGCCUGCACGAAUGAGUUUUGUGCUUCCUGCCCAACUUUUCUUCGUAUGGAUAAUAAUGCAGCAGCUAUUAAAGCCCUCGAGCUUUAUAAGAUUAAUGCAAAACUCUGUGACCCUCAUCCCUCCAAGAAAGGAGCAAGCUCAGCUUACCUUGAGAACUCGAAAGGUGCCCCAAACAACUCUGAGAUAAAGAUGAACAAGAAGGAUGGAAAAGGAGCUAGAAUUGAUUUUAAAGAUGUGACUUAUCUUACUGAAGAGCUGGUGUAUGAAAUUCUUGAAAUAUGUAGAGAGAGAGAGGAUUAUUCCCCUUUAAUCCGUGUUAUUGGAAGAGUUUUUUCUAGUGCUGAGGCAUUGGUACAGAGUUUUCGGAAGGUCAAACAACACACCAAGGAAGAACUGAAAUCUCUUCAAGGAAAGGAUGAAGACAAGGAUGAAGAUGAAAAGGAAAAGGCUGCAUGUUCUACUGCUGCUAUGGAAGAAGAUUCAGAAGCAUCUUCCUCCAGGAUAGGGGAUAGCUCACAGGGAGACAACAAUUUACAAAAAUUAGGUCCUGAUGAUGUGUCUGUAGAUAUUGAUGCUGUUAGAAGGGUCUAUACCAGAUUGCUCUCUAAUGAAAAAAUAGAAACUGCCUUUCUUAAUGCACUUGUAUAUUUGUCACCUAAUGUAGAAUGUGACUUAACAUAUCAUAACGUGUACUCCCGCGAUCCUAAUUAUCUGAAUUUGUUCAUUAUUGUAAUGGAGAAUAGGAAUCUGCACAGUCCUGAAUAUCUGGAAAUGGCAUUGCCAUUGUUUUGCAAAGCAAUGAGCAAGCUACCCCUUGCAGCCCAAGGAAAACUAAUUAGACUGUGGUCUAAAUAUAGUGCAGACCAGAUUCGGAGAAUGAUGGAGACAUUUCAGCAACUUAUUACUUACAAAGUCAUAAGCAAUGAAUUUAACAGUCGAAAUCUAGUGAAUGAUGAUGAUGCCAUUGUUGCUGCUUCAAAGUGCUUAAAAAUGGUUUACUAUGCAAAUGUAGUGGGAGGGGAAGUGGAUACAGAUCAUAAUGAAGAAGAUGAUGAAGAGCCCAUCCCGGAGUCCAGUGAAUUGACACUUCAGGAGCUUUUGGGAGAGGAAAGAAGAAACAAGAAAGGUCCUCGAGUGGACCCACUGGAAACUGAACUUGGUGUUAAGACUCUGGACUGUCGAAAACCACUUAUCUCUUUUGAGGAGUUCAUUAAUGAACCACUGAAUGAUGUUCUAGAAAUGGAUAAAGAUUAUACUUUUUUCAAAGUAGAAACAGAGAACAAAUUUUCUUUUAUGACAUGUCCCUUCAUAUUGAAUGCUGUCACAAAAAAUUUGGGAUUAUAUUAUGACAAUAGAAUUCGCAUGUACAGUGAACGAAGAAUCACUGUUCUCUACAGUCUAGUUCAAGGACAGCAGUUGAAUCCGUAUUUGAGGCUCAAAGUCAGACGUGACCAUAUCAUAGAUGAUGCACUUGUCCGGCUAGAAAUGAUUGCUAUGGAAAAUCCCGCAGACUUGAAGAAACAGUUGUAUGUGGAAUUUGAAGGAGAACAAGGAGUUGAUGAGGGUGGUGUUUCCAAAGAAUUUUUUCAGUUGGUUGUGGAGGAAAUCUUCAAUCCAGAUAUUGGUAUGUUCACAUAUGAUGAAUCUACAAAGUUAUUUUGGUUUAAUCCAUCUUCCUUUGAAACUGAGGGUCAGUUUACUCUGAUUGGCAUAGUAUUGGGUCUGGCUAUUUACAAUAAUUGUAUCCUGGAUGUUCAUUUCCCCAUGGUUGUGUACAGGAAGCUAAUGGGAAAAAAAGGAACUUUUCGUGACUUGGGAGACUCCCACCCAGUUUUACAUCAGAGUUUAAAAGACUUACUGGAAUACGAAGGGAAUGUGGAAGACGACAUGAUGAUCACUUUUCAGAUAUCACAGACCGAUCUUUUUGGUAACCCGAUGAUGUAUGAUCUAAAGGAAAAUGGUGAUAAAAUUCCAAUUACAAAUGAAAACAGGAAGGAAUUUGUCAAUCUGUAUUCUGACUACAUUCUCAAUAAAUCAGUAGAAAAACAGUUCAAAGCUUUUCGCAGAGGUUUUCAUAUGGUGACCAAUGAAUCUCCCUUAAAGUAUUUAUUCAGACCAGAAGAAAUUGAAUUGCUUAUAUGUGGAAGCCGGAAUCUAGAUUUCCAGGCACUAGAAGAAACUACAGAAUAUGACGGUGGCUAUACCAGGGACUCUGUUGUGAUUAGGGAGUUCUGGGAAAUUGUUCAUUCAUUUACUGAUGAUCAGAAAAGACUCUUCUUGCAGUUUACAACGGGCACAGACAGAGCACCUGUGGGAGGACUAGGAAAAUUAAAGAUGAUUAUAGCCAAAAAUGGCCCAGACACUGAAAGGUUACCUACAUCUCAUACUUGCUUUAAUGUCCUUUUACUUCCGGAAUAUUCAAGCAAAGAAAAACUUAAAGAGAGAUUGUUGAAGGCCAUCACGUAUGCCAAAGGAUUUGGCAUGCUGUAAAACAAACAAACAAAAAAACAAAAAACAAAACAAAAAAGGAAGAAAAAAAGAAAAAUUUAAAAAUUUAAUAACUAUAACAAGAGGGAUAAAUUUGGUGGUGAUAGUGUCCCAGUACAAAAAGGCUGUAAGAUAGUGAACCACAGUAGUCAUCUGUGUCUGUGCCUCCCUUCUUUAUUGGGGACAUGUGGGCUGGAACAGCAGAUUUCAGCUACAUAUAUGAACAAAUCCUUUAUUAUUAUUAUAAUUAUUUUUUCGCGUGAAAGUGUUACAUAUUCUUUCACUUGUAUGUACAGAGAGGUUUUUCUGAAUAUUUAUUUUAAGGGUUAAAUCACUUUUGCUUGUGUUUAUUACUGCUUGAGGUUGAGCCUUUUUGAGUAUUUAAAAUAUAUAUACCAACAAAACUACUCUCCCAAGGACAACAUUGCCACCAUUUGUAGACCAUGUAACCUUCAAGUAUGUGCUAUUUUUUUUAAAUCCCUGUAUCUAACUCAAAUCAGGAACUUUUUUUUCUGUUUUUUUUUUUUUUUUUAUAAACGGUUUGCUUUUUAAACUUGAAGUCUUGAAAACAGUGCGAUGCAAGUACUGCUGUUCUAGUCCCCAAAGAAUUUUCUGUGCAAAAUCUUGCAAAUCAAUAAAGAUGGAAGGGAGAACUUGAAAUGUUUUAACUGCAGCUCUCAGAACUUUACUUUAGUAACAGCACAACAAAUUAAAAACAACUCAUGCCACAGUAUGUCGUUUUCAUGUGUCCUGCAAUGAACUGUUUCAGUAGCCAAUCCUCCUUCUUAGUAUAUGAAAGGACAGGGAUUUUUUUGUUGUUCUUGUUGUUGUUUUAAGUUUACUGGGGAAAGUGCAUUUGGCCAAAUGAUAUGGUAGUCAAGCCUAUUGCAACAGUUAGGAAGUUUGUUGUUUAUUAUAAAAGCAUGUGAAAGUGCACUUAAAAUAAGCUUUUUAUUAAUUACUUUACCUAGAUUUUAAAUAGACAAUCCAAAGGUCUCCCCUUAUGUUGCCAUCAUCUUGUUUAAUCAACUCUUUCUCAAGGCACAUGCUCAGUGUCGCGGCAUGUUAGAAAGGAUGGCUGCUGUGCCUCGUGUCCCCUAGUCAUACAGUAAGCAGACCUGGAAACGAAUCAAGACUAUUACUCUCAAGGAUAACACUCGGUGUCCCCAAAGGUUAAAUUCGAUUACAAAAAAUGUUAAAGAUUACUUUCAUGUGCCACAGAAAAGUAUAAAUAGGUGAAAAUUACUGGAUAUUUAAAGUAGUAGUUUCCCCUUUCCUAGUCUUCUUUGUCUGUGAUGUUUCUUUUGAUGCAUUAUAAAAUAAAUGAAUUAUGUAUUUUUAACUAAGUAGAGACGUAUUGAUAUAUCAUUUUACUGCAAGCUACAGUUUAAUGUGCUGAGCUUGUUCCUCAGUGUUUUAACUGACACAGAUCAAUCUGAUGAUUUGUUUCAAAUUGGCAGGAAAAAUAUACCUUUCACAUUGUUGAAAGGGAAAAAGGAUGUCUUUCAGGAUUAUCUUCAUUCUUUUAGUAAUUAAGACAGAACUGUUUUGUAGUGUAAUACUGAAUAAAACAGUGGCAUUUUCCACCGUGAUUUAAAAGAAAAAAGACAGUGCUUUUCAUAUUGUGAUAAGGUAACAUGGGGUUUUCCUGGGCUGGCCUUUAGAAUGUUAUUUUGUACACUACCUUGAUGCAAAGGAUCCUCCUUUGAUUAUAAUCACCGUAAAGCGCCUCUCACCCACUGUGCUUCUAAUGCAUUAAGAAAGUGAGAAGAGGAGACUAAAUGCUCUGGGGACAUUUUAUGUAAUAAAUUCAUAAAAAAAACUUGUGCUCUUCACUUCUCAAGUGUUAUUGUCAUUACAUAUUGAAGGUCUAUAAUUGUAAUGUAUGUGUGUUAAGUUUUUAAAUGGCAGUUGAGUACAGGUUAUCAGGUACAGAAUUCACAUCAAACAGAGUUUAAAAAAAUAAAAAACAAACCUAUUAAAAAUAUUUAAGAGAAAAUCUUUGGUUGUACAGACCAGCUGCUCUUGCUUGCUUAGUUAGCAUCAGUCAUUCUGGACAUGUUAUCACCUCCAUUAUCCCUGCCUUUUCCGUCUUUACUUCAGAGUCACAGUAACAAGCAGUGUCUUAAGAAGAGGAAAACAGAAAUGUUAACUAGUAGCUAUGCCCUCUAAUCCAAAUGUUAGGUUAUAAAGGUACUUUUGGCUAGAUAGUCUUUCACAUAAUUUUCAUUUUCUUUGGUUCAAAAUUUCCAGGAAGCUCUCUAGGGAAAAAAAUUGAACCAUGAAUUAAUUUGAUUUCUAGGUAAAGUGUGAGCUUCCUCUUUUACCUUGUAGUAUUACAAAACAUUUCAAACCCAAAAAUUAGCUAUCAGCCAAACUUCUCUGGAGCCCUGUAGCUCUGGCAAACAAGUUGUGUGUUCUAAUAUUGUAUAUUUCCUGGACUGUGGUUGAUUGUGUGAUGCAAUCCAAGUAUGUCUCAGAUACCUCUGCUGGGAGCUACAUAUCAAAAAGAAAUUUGAAAACAAGCCUUCAAACAGAACAAUUGCUGGUGUUAUUCAUUGUCCAUUGGCACAGACAUUGUAUUAAAAAGGACAGAGGACUGUAAUUAGGCAUUAUCUAUCCUUGUUCCCUAAAGACUGUGGUGACAUUUUAAGGUCCUUUUAAGGAUUUUGCUGAAGAGGAAGAAGCCCUCCCAGGAGUAUUCUCUCUGUGGUCUUGGUCCUUACUUAGUUACCUCACUUUUUUUUUUCUGGCCUCCCAUUAGCUCAAGGAUUAUCUGUACUCUUCUCACCUUUUCUUGACUCAGCAAAGAAGCAAAGCUUCCACUCCAACUCUCACCUUGCUUCCUUUUACCCACAAUAUUAGUGUGUAAAGAAUUGCCUUGUGCUGGGGAAGAGCAUGUUUGUAAGUAUAGAGUCCCAGGCCCUUUCUCUCUUUUGUCCAGCUCAGUGGAUUGACAUUGUUAACAGUCACUGCAAGAUUUUGAUUCAGGUACGGGCUGGACUUCUCUGUGCAGGCUGCCAAUCCAGUGCUGUACACUGAAAAUGCAUUGCUCAAGGAUGCUCAUAUGACUUCCUAACUGCCAAAGUCAAGAGCUCUUUUCUUGAAGCCUUCACCACACCCAGAACUGGGCUGCUGCUUCUCUGCCUGUUCUUCCCACCCCGGCUCAUCCAGGUCAUCUUGAAUGGACAGUCCUGUACUUCCACUUAAAGGUCUUACCUGAACAUUUUUAAUCUUAGCCUCGCUUCCAUCCAUUCUUCAUUAUUUUCUUGAAAUUGUCACCUUCACCUGUCACUGAAAUCUCACAUGUCUUGUUAUAAGUUGGCAGUUCUUUUCUCUCAGGUUUUUUCCAUUGUUUGCUCUGAGUAGCUUCCUAAUAUACCUCACUGACUCUGACCACCUGCUUCAUUCUGCUGGAACAUAGUUUUGUUAAUUUUAAUACUCUCUGUAUAAAAUCGUGUUCUUUUCUGAAUAAACCUCCGGGUCUAGCCUUCGAGACCUUGUACAGACACAACUCUGUCUACCUGUCCAUUUUCACUGUUGAUUGCAGGCAUCUCUCCCUGCAUGCCUACAUGACCUCUUCACUUGACAUGCUUCAUUACUUUGUGUUACUCAAAUGCCCUUUAAGAGUAGAGUUGAAAGCUCCUGCCCAGUGAAGACCCUCAAGGCCCAGCGGCUCACACAGCCAUAGUGGCACAGCGCGUGGGGCACUGCUCUUAUUUGAACUGGAAUUCUUACAGGUUAUCUUUGGGUGUUCUUGAUAAGGUCCUUUAUACAAUUUAUUUUGGAGCUUCUCUUUUUUCAGUAACUAUUGCCAGAAAUAGAAACAACUUCAGGGUGGAGAUAGUCUGUUUUUCACUUUGGCACAGUUUUAGUGCUGUCGUUUUCCAGCUUGACAGUAUCAGCACUUAAAUGACCAGAAAUAACCGAGUGUGCAGAAUGUUUCAUGAAACUUUAUUCCCAUUAAACAUUACUUCCUGUCUCCUCCAUUCCUUCUCCCAAAAACUUCUUAUAUUUAACUAUUCGAAUUUUAGUGGUUCAGUAUUUUCUCCCUGAAGAGAUACCUUGUACUCACUAUCAUUUCAGCCUGUGGAAAUGGAGAUCAGUAAGAGGGAUGAAAGGGACUAAGGCCUUGGAAGGAAAAUGUUUUUGUGCAUUAACCUUUCCCACCCUGACCUAGUGUGCUCAGACAACUAGUAGCCUCUACAUUGAUCUUCUCUGUGGCCAUACUCUUUCCCUCCGUCCCGGGGGAAAGGGGACCUGGAAUUUUAAACCAUUCUGCCAUUGCACGGCCACUCACAUUGAUCAAGGAGCAACACUCAGCUGAACACUACUAUGUACUAAACUGCUCACCACAGUGAGUGCUGUUUUCUAUGCAAGUCAUUCAGCUGCUUUGUACAUUUUCUAGGUUGACCUCCUUUAGAUAUCAAAGGGAAUUAGCUUCCAGAGCAGAUCGAGUCCCUUCCAUAUGUGAUCUUGCAUCCUUUCAGAAUAGGUCAUUGUGACUCAAGAGGUGCCUUGCCCAAAAUCACACAGCCAUGCCCAUCUAAAAUCUUGUAUCUUUUGCCAAAAAUCAGUUGCACAGUCAAGAUUGUUAGGCUCAACUGAGUAAGACCUGGCAUAAUACAGUACUUGUCUUCCAGUCCCCAAGAAACUAUAGAAAAUGGAAGGGGCUAUAUCUGUGAAAUAGUACACAGUGGUUGAGGGUGCAGCCUUCGGUCAGACCUGGCCCUGCCAUUCCCUGGGCUUGAUUUAUACCCAAUCCUACCUUAUCACUGCUUGUAACUGCUUGUCAGGACUCAACGAAAUUGAGACGCAGAUACUUGACAAUGUCUUGCAAGACAUCCUGAGAGACUGAGAUGGGUUCUCCCCAAAUUUGCCAGUGAAAUUAGAGAAAGUCUACUGAGGAAUUGGAAAUGUUUGUAAUGAUUUAUUUUGCAAGUGUUGACCUUCCCUCAUCCACCUAAGAAUGGAAGAGGUGUGCUUUCCCUCAUCUUUGUUUGAUUAAGGUAUAAUUCGUACACCAUAAAGGUCACCCUUUUUAAAUUGUAAUAUUUAUGGUUCUUAGUAUAUUCAAAAUUGUGCAUUUGUCCUCAUAAAAUUCCAGAGCAUUUUCAUCAUUGUAAAAAGAAAUCCUGUGCUCAUUAGGAGUGACUGCCUGUUCUUAACUCCCAGCCUCUGGCACCCACUAUCUACUUUCUGCCUAUAGAUUUGCCUAUUUUGGAUGUUUUAUUUCAAUGGAAUCAUACAAUAUGUGGCCUUUUGUGUCCUUCCCUUGCCCCUUUAGAAUAAUGUUUUCAGAGUACAUUCACCUUGUAGCAUGUAUUGGUACUUGGUUUCUUUUUGUGGCUGAAUAAUGACAUUGUAUUGAUGUACUGUACCUUUUAUUUACCCAUUCAGUUAAUGGAUAUGGUGUUGUUUCUGCUUCUUGGCUAUUAGGAAUACUACAACUACGAACAUUUGUGUACAAGUUUUUAUGUGGACAUAAGUUUUCAUUUCUCUUGGUUGUAUCUUCUAAGCAUCUGUCUUAUCCUUUUGGUUCUUACAAAACAGUCUUUGAUCCAUUUUUAUAUGUUGUACACUUUAGGGGUCUGGUUUCAUUCUUUGGUAUAUGGAUAUCCAGUUGUACAAACACGAAUGUUUUUUUAAAAGACUGUUGUUUCCUCAUGAAUGGUCUUGACACAUUUGUCAAAAACAAUAGACCAUAAAUAUAUAAGACUUUAUUUUUGAACUUUUAAUUUUAUUCUAUUGUUCUAUAUGUCUGUCUUUAUGCCAGUACCACACUAUCUUGAUUACUGUAGCUUUGUAGCAAGUUUUGAAUUUAGAAUGUGUGAGUCUUCCAACUUUGUUCUGUUUCCAGAUCGUUUUGUCUGUUCUGGGUCCUUUGUGUCCCACAUGAAUUUUAAAAUCAACUUGUUAAUUUCUGCAAAUAAAUACCUGGGAUUUUGAUAGUGAUUGUGUUGAAUCUAUAGAUCAGUUUGAGGAAUGUUGCUAUUUUAACAGUAUUAAAUUUUUCCAGUCCAUGAACAUGCAGUGUCUGUCCAUUUGUUUAGGCCUUUAGUUUCUUGUAGUGAUGUUUUCUAGAUUUCAGUGUACAAGUCUUGACCUCCUUGGUUAAUUUUUUCCUAAGUAUUUUAAUCUUUUUGAUGCUAUUAAAAACAAAAUUGUUUUCUAAUUUUCAUUUUUGGAUUAUUCAUUGUAAGUGUCCAGAAAUACAAUUGAUUUUUGUUUAUUGACCUUGUAUACUGUUGCUAUUCUGAACUCAUUUUAUUAGACCUAUUUUUUUGUUCCUUAGUAUUUUCUGUUUACAGGGUCAUGCAUCUGUGAAUAGAAAAACUUUCGACUUUUUUUCCAAUCUAGAUUCUUUUUUAUUUCAUUUUCUUGCCUAAGUGCCCUGGCUAACACCUUCAGUACAAUAUUGAAUAUAAGUGGCAAGAGUGGACAUCUUUUCCUUGUUCCUGAUUUUAGGGGGAAAGCAUUCAGUCUUUCACCAUUAAGUAUGAUGUUAGCUAUGGGUUUUUCAUAGAUGCUUCAAGUUGAGGAAAUUCCCAUCUAUUUCUAGUUUGUUGAAUGUUUUUAUCUUUUGGACUUUGUCAAAUGCUUCUUCUGUAUCUAUUAAGGUUGUCAUAUAGUUUUUGUCCUUUAUUCUAUUGAUACGUUGUAUUACAUUGAUGGAUUUUUUUUUUUAAUUUUUAUUUUUUUGUAUAUUGAAUCAACCUUGCAUUCCUGGAAUAAUCCCCCUUGUCUGUGCUACAUAAACCAUUUUCUAUGCUGCUGGA